AGUAUCUCAUGUAUACAGUUUGUCUCGAUCUAAAAUAACGCUAUUUUAACGCUAUUUUACGAAUUAAAUUAUUUCCUGUGGACUAGAAAACUGUUGGAGGGUACGCUUGGAUGAUAUGCAUUCAAACUGGAGAGACUGCAAAGCAUGGAUUGAUUACGGCACCCCUCUGAACACCACCAGUAACGAGGCAUGCAAGCUCUUCGACGCUUCUGUCACUCAGUAUGUAGGCUGGUACGACGACGACGGCGUCGGUGGUCUAGCAAAGUCACUGGAGGACACCAUAGCAGCUGAUUCGACCUUUGUUAUGGGUCACGUGAUAAGAAAUGGCCUUGACCUCUUGGGGACCGGGACAACCGUGCGCCUCAAUCCGACCCUCGCAACCAACAUCGACACGAUGAUGGAUGUUUGUCAUAAGGAGAAGAACUUAUCAGAUCGCGAGAGAAAACACGUUAAUGCAGUGAAACUUUGGUCAGAUGGGGAGUUGGUUAAGGCGUGUCACGUUUGGGAGGACAUUUUGAUGAACGACCCUUAUGACAUUCUAGCGUUGAAGUUUGCUCACGACACGUAUUUCUUCCUGGGCUACUCCAUACAGAUGAAGGACUCCCUCGGACGAGUGUUUCCGCAAUGGAGCCGGGAGCGGCCGCUUUAUGGCUACUUACACGGAAUGUAUGCCUUCGGUCUAGAGGAAUCGAAUCUAUAUCCACAGGCAGAAAUCAUCGCUAGAAAGGGUCUAGAGAUGAAUCCUCGGGACGCCUGGUCCACUCACAGCGUGGCGCACGUACUUGAGAUGAUGGGAAGGCAGGACGAGGGCAUCGCCUUCAUGUCCGCUACGGAGAGGGACUGGAGCACAUGCGGCAUGCUGUCCUGCCACAACUACUGGCACUGGGCCCUGCACCUGAUUGAGAAAGGGGACUUGGAAGGGGCCAAGGGUAUCUUCGACGGCCACGUAUUCCAGAGGGCAAGUACUUCCGGUACGCCGUUAGACUUUGUGGACGCCUGCUCUCUGUUGAUGCGGAUGGAAAUGGAGGGAGCGAAGUUGGAAGGUCGCUGGCAGGACUGCUAUGACGUCAUCAGGCCGCACUUGGAAGACCACGUGCUCGCGUUCAACGACAAUCACAUCCUGCUGGCCUGCCUUGGAGCCCAAAACGCGGCAGCGGUGACGCAGAUGAUGACGUCAUUGCAAGAUUGGAUAGCUGACAACAAGGGUGAUCAAGUUAACGUAACAAGGGAGGUUGGGUUGGCGAUAUGCGAGGCAUUUGUGGCGUACCACGAGGGUCAGUUCGAUAGGGCGGUUGACAUUCUGUUUCCGGUCAGGUACAAGGUGUGGAAAAUCGGCGGAAGCCACGCACAGAGAGAUUUGUACAAUCAGUUUCUAAUUCACGCGGCCUUGAAAUCCAGCAACAAACAACACCAUGCACUGGCAAGAUUCUUGCUUUUGGAGCGAAAGUCGAACAAACCUAACUCCCCGCUGACUGAUCGCCUCAUGGAGCGAACUCUGACACUACACGCGCUUUGAACUUCCGGUCCGUGCUACUCAUUUGAUGACGGCCAUAUUAUAUGAAUCUUUCGUAACCAUGGGACGCAUUUGCUGAGUGUCACAAUAUGUGAACUUUUCUAAAUGUUUCGCAAUUGUUGUUUAUCAUAAUCAUAAUAUUUUGGGAUCAUUCAUUACAAUUCAUAAUACAGUGAAUUUGCGUGACACUGUCUGUCGGUGGAUGUUGAUGAAUGUGUGGUAAAUUGUCGGGUAAUGUGUAAAAUGUUUUUUCAUAAUAUCGUGAAUUGUCGUUACUCAGCUUAUGUACUCGAUGUUUAUAACCGGUAUUUCAUCUUUAUCUAUGUGACUUGGUUAUGUUCUCGAUGUGUAUUAUUACAUGGCGAAUUGUCGUGACCAUAUUAUGUAAUAGAUGUUUAUUAUAAGAUUGUGAAUUUC